UUUGUUGCCCAAUGUUUCAUAUCUGUUCUUGUUUACUUCUUAGUUUUCAUUCAAAAGUGAAAUGUUUAUUUGUUAGCUUUUUGUAAAAAUCUCUCAUUGUAAUCAGUUUUCCAAAUAUAAUUACAGUGUAUAAAAAGUUUACAUUAAUUUUAUCUUAAAUCGCACAACAGAAAAAAGCUAUGUUGUUAUAGAUGUAUAAAAUUAAUUUGUUUAAAUACUUGAUGCAGUGAGAGUUAUUCAAAAUGUCUAGGGAUAUCAGAUCAUUCUUUACAGUAAAAAAAGAGAAAACGAAGAAAGAUGAAGACAGUGAUGUUAUACCAGAAUCGCCGAAUGUACAAGUUACAAACAAGAAAAAACAGUCUCGUAAAAAAAGACAAAUUCAAGAGGACUCCGAUGAGGAAAUAUUCUCCGCAUCAAAUAAAAAAAAGAAUUCCCCUAUAAAAAUACUAAAAGAAGUUAAAGCAGCUAACUUAUUCGGUUCAGCACCAAUCAAAAGAACGGAGCCGAUUGUGAAGAGAAUAAAAAAAGAAACGGAACUUACCAUACACUCCGACGAAGAAUUCGAACAGAGUCUCAUACAAUUAGAUGAGAAAAUUAAUCAAGAGAUACAAGCAACUAAGGAAAUACCAGAUGAAACGUCAAUGAAAAAGAAAGAUUUAGUCAAAGAUAAGAAAGACGACCGUUCAGAAAAAUUGAUUGAAGAUGUUACGAACAACAAAAAGAGAAAGUUGAAUAAAAGUUUGAAUGAGGGACACGGGGAUAAUAACAGAGCUGAGGUCAACAAGAAGAUGAAGAAGGAUUUUAGUGAGUUCAUUGAGAACGGAGAAGAUUUAAACAAAAGCGAGCCGGCACAGGAAUCACCGGAGUCCAAACAGAAGAAGCGCAAACUGGACAAGAGUCUCAAUGAAUCAGUCCUAUCAGAUGAAGAGAGGCAUGAAAGAAAGAGACAAUCAGCUGCCUUAUAUCAGAGGUACCUCAACAGGUCUGGACCAAAACAUUUAGGAACUAAGGAAAUGCCUGAGGGUUCACCCGAUUGUUUUAAAGAUUGUUCGUUUUUAUUGACUGGCGUGUUGGAUUCCUUUGAGAGGGAUGACGUCAUCGCAGCCAUUACGAAGUAUGGUGGCGUCAUCAAGACGGGCAUCAGUAAGAAGGUGACACACGUCAUAGCUGGGGACGACGCCGGUCCGGCGAAAUUGGCUAAGGCACAGGAGUUAGGAAUAAAAAUCAUGAAUGAAGACGAAUUCUUACAGUUCAUAAGAGAUUCGUCUAACAAAAAGACCCCGCCCAAAGAUGUGAAAAAGGAAAGUGGGAAGAAAAAAGAUAAAUCAAGCGAAAAGAAGAGAGAAAAGAUAAAAAAGUCACCACAAGAUAAAGAAAUCAACGUGAACAAAGCUAAGGUGGAGGAAUCUCCGAGAGAUAUCAAACAAUCUGAAGUAAAAACGAAUAAAGUCGAAUCCAAAGAAGAAAGUAAAGAACAUCCUGUAAAGUCAGUGAGAAGGGAAAUCAGUAAUGACGCUAAAGAGGUCAUUUCAGGAGAAUUGAAGAAAUCUUGCAGUACCGAGGUAUCCAACUCCCUGAUGUGGGUCGACAAAUACAAGCCGAAGAAUCUUAAACAGAUCAUCGGCCAGCACGGAGAAGCCAGCAAUGUCAACAAAUUACUGAACUGGUUGAAGAAGUGGUACGCGAACCGUAAGGCCAAGCUGCCGAAGCCGAGUCCUUGGGCCAAGAACGACGACGGCGGCUACUAUAGGGCUGCUCUCUUAUCAGGACCACCUGGCGUGGGUAAAACGACAACGGUGUCGUUAGUGUGCAAGGAGCUCGGUUUUGACACUGUGGAGUUGAACGCCUCGGACACGCGCAGUAAGACGUUGCUCAAGGAACAGCUGGGGGAGUUGCUCUCCACCAACACGCUGCAGGCGUAUGCUACAGGCUGUGCGGGCAAGGGAGCGGUGUCGAAGAAACACGUCCUUGUGAUGGAUGAAGUGGAUGGAAUGGCCGGCAACGAAGACAGAGGAGGUCUACAGGAGCUAAUAUCACUGAUCAAGACGACUUCUGUACCCGUCAUAUGUAUGUGCAAUGAUAGGAACAGUGAGAAGAUGAGGUCUCUGGUCAACUACUGCUAUGACCUCAAGUUCGCCAGGCCGCGGCUCGAACAGAUCAAGUCGGCCAUGAUGUCAAUUUGCUUCAAGGAGGGCAUCAAGAUAUCUCCUGAAGCACUCUCUCAGCUGAUAGUGUCAUCUGGCCAGGAUAUAAGACAGACAGUUCAUUUGCUAAGUGUAUGUGCCUCAGGACUUACCAGCGAUGAGGCAAAGGCUGUGAGGAAAGACAUCAAAAUGGGUCCAUGGGAGGCGAUCCGCAAAGUAUUCAGUGCCGAGGAACACAAGACAAUGUCCAUCAUUGACAAAAGCGAUCUGUUCUUCUGUGACUACUCCAUCAUGCCACUAUUUGUUCAAGAAAACUUCCUCAAUGUGACACCGCAUUGUCCAAAGAACGAGAUUUUAGAUCGUUUCAGCAAAGCUGCAGAUAGCUUAAGUCUAGGGGACUUGGUGGAGGCGCGGAUAAGAGGGAGUCAGGCGUGGAACCUGUUACCAACACAGGCAAUGUUCAGUAGUGUGAUCCCCGGACAUCAAUUAUCUGGUCAUGUGUCAGGGCAGAUUCAGUUUCCUUCGUGGUUGGGUAAAAACUCGCGAGCAAACAAAAUGAACCGCCUGUGUCAAGAAAUACACGCUCACACCAGACUCAGUACAUCUGGAUCGAAAUCUUCAAUAUUCCUCGACUACUCCACUCACUUACGAGAUGCUAUUACAAAUCCACUUAUUCAAGACAAAACAGACGGGAUUGAACAUUCCCUUAAUGUUUUAGAAUCGUAUCACUUGUUACGAGAAGAUUUGGACUCUCUUGUGGAGUUAUCAUUGUGGCCGGGCCAAAGAAAUCCCACAGUUCUGAUUGAUUCUAAGGUAAAGGCUGCGAUGACUCGCACAUAUAAUAAGAAAGCUAGUGCGUUGCCUUAUGCCGCUGCCAGUAUUAAGAAAGUUAAAGCGACCGAAGAUGGGGAGUUGUCACAUGAGGAAGAUGACACUAGUGAUGUAGAACUUGAUGCUAUGAUAAAGAAAAAGAAGGAACCCACCAAAACCUCUACAAGUAAGACAAAAGUUAAACAGGAGGAAUCGGCAAGCUCGAGUAAAGCGGCUGCAAAAAAGAAAUCAGCGCCAAAGCAAAAGAAGAAAUAGCACAUUCUUCACUUGAUAUUUCGUGAUGCCUAUUCUGUAAUCAAACAAAAUCAUGUCCACUAAAACAGUUUUAAAAAUAAGUGUUUUUGUUAAAUGUUGUUAUUAUAAAACUUAAUUUUCGGAUGAAUAAAAUUAAAAUUAAAUUUGAA